AUGAUUGGAGAUGCUCAUCAAAUUCUCCUGGGCGGCGCCGCCGACGCCUCGAAAGAAACAACCUCGAAAAAAACGCCGAAACAGACUUCAUUUCGAAAACCAGAAGGAAUGAAGCGGGAGCUGUUCAACUUGAUCGCUGGCAAGGAUAUUACAUCUGUCAUGCCCACAGACGUUAAGAAAACUUACAAGCAGAAGUUUCAGACCGGAUUUCGCGCUGUUCGAAAAUUCAAAUGGAUCCCUUUCACUAAUGAAGGAAGAACUGACAAUCUUAUGUUGAAUCACUGGGUUCGAUCAGAUAAAAUUGAAGCACAAACUCCGUAUGCAUUCGCAAAAUUCAACAGAGUGAUCGAAAUUCCUACUUACACUGAUGAAGAGUAUGAAAAUCAUCUGAAAAUUGCAAAAUGGACGCGAGAAGAAACUGAUUACUUAUUUGAUGUCUGCCGACAAUUUGAUCUUCGUUGGUUUAUAGUCGCCGAUAGAUAUGAUUGCAAAAAGUUUGGAGUAAAUCGGUCAGCUGAAGAUCUAAAAGAACGGUUUUAUCAAAUUCAGUAUGAAUUGCAGUUGCUGAGAGAUCCCAGUUCGACACCCACUGGUUAUGAUGCAGAUCACGAACGUCGACGAAAAGAACAGUUGAACAAGCAAUGGAAUCGGACUAAAGAGCAGUUGCAAGAAGAAGAGGAUCUGAUUGCUGAGAUGCGAAGAAUCGAUCAGAGAAAGAAGGAGAGAGAAAAGAAGGCGCACGAUCUUCAGAAGCUCAUCAAUAUGUCAGAACAGCCGGCGAGUCCUUCAACAGCAGGAUUUUCUGGAGCGGCCGCUGGAAAGCGCAACAAACAGUUCAGAACGAAAGCGGGAUCCAUUUCGAUGGCUCCUGGUCCACUAUUCAAUCCUCUGGAUAUUUCUGUUACUGCUUUGCGAUUCUCCGAAUUCAAGUCUUCCGGUGUUCAUAUGCGCGGUCAAGAAAUGAAGUUGCCGACUAACAUUGGACAGAAGAAGUUAAAGAAUAUUGAGGUGGUUCUGGAGAAAUGCAAAAUGGAAAUGAAUCCAGUCGCUUCGGAGUCCAUCAUGAAGGUCUACAACGAUUUCCGCUCACAAAUUAUGCUGGCUCAAGAGCUCAAAUCUGCCAUGCAGACUGCAGAAUUCGAGUUGGAAUCCUUACGGACCAAACUGCAGGAACAAGGAAAAGAUUUUGAUAUCGAUUCACGUUUCCGAAUUUCACAGUUGCCAGAAGGUGGUUUGGACGAUGACAUGGUGGGAGGUCCUGGAAUGGCUUCCACCGCUCGAAGAAUAACUUCCUGGAUUGAUUGUUCUAGUUCCAAAGAAAUUUCAACGUUCCAGGCCAACGCUCGCAAACGAAAAGCGACCGCAACAACGCCAACGCUCACUUCAACACCUUCCUCGUCUUCUAUGGGAGGAGACCCAAAAAGGAGGAAAAAUAACUAA